GUAAAGACGGAAGGCCGGGAACGCCUUGAACCAGGAAUGGAUGAUGAGGACGAUGACGAAGACGAUGAGGACUUUAAACCACCAGAUGAAUCUGAGACUAGUGAGCUUGCUGAAGAAUAUGACAGCCAGGUAUCCACUACAACCACUUCAAGUAGUGGUGAACACAGUAGUGAGGGCGAAGACGAGGGAAGCGAUGAUGUCUCAGCUCUUGACAGUGGUAGGUCUACUUAGUUAA